AUGAAGAUUAUGGGGCGGCAGGUUUCCUUAGAGCCAGCUAAGCGCUUCGCUAAAUCGUGCCUUAAGGGAGGGGGAAAAAAUAAAACGCAUCCUCUGCUCGUGCUCCUUGGCACCGCCGAUGGUCAGUCGAAGCUGACCUCCGAGCAGAAUGCCAUCAGCCUCUCCCCUGGAAAGUACCGCCACUUCGACCGUGCCACCAACAAAGAGCUGAUCUGCGACAAAUGUCCCGCAGGAACCUACGUGUCUAAGCAUUGUACGAAGAGUACCUUAAGAGAGUGCAGCCCUUGCCCGGAUGGGACCUUUACUAAGCAUGAGAAUGGCAUAGAGCGGUGCCACCCUUGUAGAAAACCCUGUGAACUGCCAAUGAUUGAGAAAACUCAUUGUACUGCCUUGACUGACCGCGAGUGCACUUGCCUGUCUGGUACGUUUCAGACGAACGAUACCUGCGUCCCUUACACGGUGUGCCCGGUCGGCUGGGGCGUCCGCAAGAAAGGAACCGAGACGGAAGACGUUAGGUGCAAGCCGUGCCCUCGUGGUACCUUUUCUGAUGUGCCUUCUAGUGUGAUGAAGUGCAAAACAUACACUGACUGCUUUGGGAAAAACAUGGUGGUCAUCAAACCAGGGACGAAGGAGAGUGACAAUGUCUGUGGUUCUCCAGCAUCUCUUCCGAACACGUCUUUGACUUUGUCAAGCACCGAAGUGGGUGAAGAGCCCUACGAAGUUCCACCAACCGCUCCUCUUCCCAAAGGUUUGAACUCUUCAGUUCCCGAUUUUGUUCCCUCUCCCGUGCCACGCACAUCCAGUGGCACGGCGAAGCCAGCUGGCUACUACAACGAAACCUCAGCCAACGAGACGGACGGUGCCGGUGGGACCUUCGUGGGCUCCAGUGCUGCUGGUGAGGCACAGAGCUACCGGCACAAGCAGAGCAGCCAAGCGCUGGAGAAGCAGCCGUCACUGGAGAUGUCAGGGAGCGAGAAGUCCAGCGUCCCAUACAGGCCCCCCCGGCGAGGUCCACAGAACGUCCACCAGCACUUUGACAUCAACGAACACUUGCCGUGGAUGAUCGUCCUCUUCCUCCUGCUGGUCCUGGUGGUUAUCGUUGUCUGCAGUGUCAGGAAGAGCUCACGGACUCUGAAGAAGGGACCCAGGCAAGAUCCCAGUGCCAUUGUGGAAAAAGCUAUUAUGAAAAAGUCCACCACCCCUACGCAGAACAGGGAGAAGUGGAUCUAUUACUGCAAUGGACAUGGCAUCGACAUCCUGAAGCUGGUGGCAGCCCAGGGGGGGAGCCAGUGGAAAGACAUCUACCUUAUCAGCGCCCUCCGCCAGCACCGCCGCAACGACGUGGUGGAGAAGAUACGAGGCCUGAUGGAGGACACCACGCCGGUGCAAAUGCAGCCUCAGUGGCAAGCACAGGACCCCUGCAACGACGAUGGAAAGCUGGAAGGUGACAGACUGGCGCUGCCGGUAAGUCCCAGCCCGCUCAGCCCUGCGCCCACCCCCAGCCCCAAGCCCCCCGAGGCGGCCGUCCUCACCGUGGAGCCCUCUCCUUCGGAGAAGAAAUGCUUCUUCGUCGAUGAAGCGGAGCCCCUCCUGCGGUGCGACUCGACCUCCAGCGGCUCCUCCGCGCCCAGCCGGACAGGCUCUUUUAUUACCAAAGAAAAGAAAGACACCGUCCUGCGCCAGGUGCGCUUGGACCCUUGCGACCUGCAGCCCAUCUUCGACGACAUGCUGCACAUCCUCAACCCUGAGGAGCUCCACGUGAUAGAGGAGAUCCCACAGGCCGAAGACAAGCUGGACAGGCUAUUUGAGAUCGCCGGAGUCAAGAGCCAGGAAGCCAGCCAGACCCUCCUGGACUCUGUCUAUAGCCACCUUCCCGACUUACUGUAGGCACUGGGUCACCACACACUCUCUGAAUAUCUGCUAGAGCUAGCUUGGCACUUGUUAAGAUGACUGACAAUAUGCGGGCAGGUUUUGUUGUAGAAUUUAUGGCCAGUAUUUUCGUUGAGGUGUCUUUGGUUUCUGGAGGGGGGGCAGUUUGCCAGCGUUGCACCCCUCCACCUUAACUCUGUUGCUCAGUCCAAGUCUUUGCACCCUCUGCCCCCUUCCUGAGCAUCUCUUCUCCUUGUUCUCAUUCCGAUCAGAUCAGUUGAUGCACUUUAAAAAAAAAAAAAAAAAAAAAAAAAAAAAGCAGUGAAAGAACUAAAAGACCACGAAUCUGGUGUAAUUUAACACAUCGAAUUGGGGAUUGCUCUGUAACCCACUUCUUCUGUCAAAGCUGUCGCUCGGAGUGACCAUCUCCCACCACCUCCCUUCGCCUCGGAGCGGUAAAUGGCAAAACCACACAAAAAAACCCAAAACCCUUAAUCGUUGCUGGUUACCAUCUCUUAACGCAGCUAAGCUUCCCACCUGAGCUGACUUUUUUUUUUAAUGUACUAUUGUAUAGCUCAUAUCCAUUGCUGAGCUUUUACUAGCACGGUUAUUUAUUGUACGGUUUUCAGCCGGACAAUGCAUCGCGCUCCUAUAAGCUAAAGCAGAAGUGCUUUAAACGCAAAGAAAAGGGUCAGUCCCACCAACCUUCGAGGCGAUGAAAAGGUCCUUUGCCUUCAGUUGAAUGUAAGGAGUUUUACCUUGCCUUGCUGCUUGCGGGAACGGCGGGGCCCCGAGGGGAGCCGGUGCUGGACGUGGGGGGGCGAAGGCUGCCGCCGGGGCUCCUGCUCUCCUUGUGGUGUAAGACUUAAACCAAGCUACGCUUUUACACUCGUGUCUCUUGUUUUUUAUACAGAUGUGGCCGAUAGGUUCUCCAAAGACCUUACCCGGUCUUAAUAGUCUCUUCAAAUCACACUUCACUUUUUAUUUAAAGAAAAAAAAAAAAGGGGGGGGGGGGGGCUGCAUCAUAAGUCUGUCUGAUUAUAUUUGCAACUAUUAUGCUCCCGUAACAAACAGUCUGUACUAUGCUCAAUUUGAAGAAAUCAUGAUAUGAGGGUGGCGUGUGCUGCCCCGUGGGAA